AGACAGACAGACAGACAGACAGGCCUCACUAGUGGCAUGUCUCCUGCUGAGAGGUUGAGUGUGCUCCUCUUCCUAGCUGGGUUCUUCGGGGGCUUGGGGGCCCUGUCCCUGAUGCUCUCCUUUGGGACAGACUACUGGCUGCUGGCUUUGGAGACCUGUGGCCCUGGGGGGGCCUCAGAGGCCUGGGAGGCUGGGGCCUUCAGACCUGGGAAGGAGGAGAUGGAGGAUCAGGACACUGUGACAUUCUUCCACCAGGGCCUCUUCUGGAGGUGCUCCUUCAGGGGGAGGAGAGAGGAGGACACGGUGUGGCACUUCUGGAUCAGUAAGUAGGAGAGGUAUUUUCACAGAUUUAUGAAAUAUAAAUAUUGUAGCGGACAAUAUUAAUUGAUGCAUGCCAAGAAUGACCUGAACUGUAAUAUAAAAGUACAAUGUUUUUUUCCCCAAAGCCAAUCAACCACACCAAAAGACCUGUGUGCCCACCUACCUAUUCCCAUUUUCUGCUUCUGAGCCAACCACGGAUUACCAGGCACCAGACGCUGCAGUUUACAGGGCCUUCUGGAGCGUCUUCCUUCUAGUGGGUGUGGUCAAUGUUAUGAUUGGUGGGUUUGUCAUCAUCUGUGCCUCUCCAUUGGCCAGCCACAGGCUCUACAAAGUAGGCGGGGCACUCUUGCUCACUGGAGGUGAGUUAUCGGUGGUGUUCCUCUGCUGACGCAUGCCAGAUCUUACAACGCCUGGAUAGGUCUUUUUACGUAUCAGCUAACCACAUCAUAUGUUAUAGCAAUCUGGUGCCCGGCGGCACAGUUGAUGACGUGGCAUGCAAACGUUGGUUGAUGUAUGCAUCGUCUGAUCAGAGCAGGGGAACACGACCAUCAUGAGUUGCUAGCCAUGGUUGGGUCCACUCAACUUUACAUGAAGCUCAAAGUUAAAUCAGGAGACACAUUUAAGUUCUAUGAAGUUUAACUGAGUUUAAAUGUUUCCCUAUCCCCCCCCCCCCCCUCCCCCCUCUUCCUCCCCCUCUCUCUCCCCCCUCACCCUCCCCCUCUCCCUCUCUCUCCCCCCUCCCCCUCUCCUCUCUCCAGGCCUAUGUCUCCUAGUUGUAGUAAUUAUGUAUGUAGUCUGGACCCAAGUACUGGACUUUCUGGAGGGCUAUGCUGCCCAGCGACAACACUCCUCUCAAUGUCCAACAGUCUACCACCUCAGCGUCCACUACGGCCUCUCCUUCCUGUUUGCUCCCGUCUCCGUCUUCUUCUUCCUGCUGGCUGCACUGCUCUUCAUCCUGAUUGGACAAACAGUGCAGACGUGCCAUCACAAAGUGCCAGUGUAGUGACAGAGGGGGAAACAGCCAGAGAGGAAGUUGGGAAUUAAACCAUACGGUGACUCCUGUGCCAUAAAGGCCCAGACCUCUAUGUUCAGUCUAUAACAAGAGCCAGUAGUGACUGAUACCGUGGUCAACUCUCAUGGGACUCACAGAGUAAUACAUAUGUACUAUAUUAAAUACAUUUGGAAUAAUCAACUGUGAUUAACUUUGAAUAAAAAAGCAUCAGUCUCUCUCAUUGGGAGUUGUGACUAAAUUUGAUUCCACUGCUUCUUUGCAACCAGAUCUGGACUCUAUCAGACAGUCCAGUCAUGGAG